AUGCAAUCAGUUCUACAACCCAUCCUCGGUCCUCAUAAGGAGAUCCAUGAUCUCACCGGUCGCGUCGCCCUCAUUACUGGCGGUGCGCUGGGUAUAGGGUAUGAGAUCGCCCGCGCAUUCGUCCUCAACGGCGCCAAGGUCUACAUCACCAACCGGAAAGAAGAGCAGGGACAUGCCGCGAUCGAACAAAUCAAGAAAGAAGCGGGCGACAAGGCGCAGAUAGAAUGGUUCCCUUGUGAUAUGGGCAACUUGAAGCAGAUCAAGGACGUGUUUGAGGAUUUCAGAAAGAAGGAGGAUAGAUUGGAUCUGUUGAUCCUCUCGGCUGGGAUAAACGUCAACCAAUACGGCGAGACACACGAUAACAUUGAUCGACAUUUCGAGGUCAACUGGCUGGGCCAGUUCUACGUUGUGAAUCUGGUAUACCCGUUGUUGAGAAAGACAUCCAAGUUGCCGAAUACCCCUGCGCCGCGGAUUGUGUUCGAAACAUCGGAGCAGCAUCGCAUGGCGCCGAAGAAUGUACAUUUCGCGACCCUCGAGGAGAUCAAUAACCCCGAGGUGGGCAAUCUGGAACUCUACGGACGGACCAAGUUGGCGAUUAUCUUGGGUGUGAAGUAUGGGCUGUUGGAUCGGGUGAUCAAGCCUAACAAGGAUGAUAUCUAUGCACUUUCUGUGCAUCCGGGUGCUGUAAACACGGCAAUGCAGCAGCAGUGGAAGGACGCGUAUCCGGGGCUUCUUGGCAAGCUGCUGACGACAGUGAUGCUGGCCGCUGGACGGACAGUUGAGCAUGGAUCAUUCAGUGCACUCUAUGCGGCAACGAGUCCGGAAGUUGAAGAGAAGGGCUGGAAUGGUUACUACUUUAAUGACCCUGCACAGCCUGGAAAGGAGUCUGCUCAGGCUUCGGAUCCCACAUUAGGCGCUGCACUGUGGGAGCUUAGCCAUCGACUCAUCAAGGAGAAGGUUGGCGAGGAUGCCAUUGUUGACUGGAAUGCCAGUGCAUAAGGGCAUACUAUGUAGUUAUUAGCGUUGAAUCAGAUUUGUCAUGGACUGCUGUCGAAGACGUCAGCGAUACGUACAAUCUGGCUGUUGAGCCAGCUCUAGAUCUAGCACAAUUGAUUGAUUG